AUGAGCUCUGCACCGGCUCGCAGCGGCAACGCAGCUAGCAGAGAUCGGUCUCUUCACCAUCUUCUCGACCCAAACGAUCUGCUGCCUGGUCAUACAACCGCCGAUCCCUACAGCCUUCGUCAUUUCACUCUUCGCGCAGGUCUACCAGAUUCACCGAGCUGGCUCAGAGCUCAAGCAUGGAAGGUGCUGCUUGGCUACUUGCCGCCAGAAAAGAAGGAAUGGUCAUCAACACUAGCAAAGCGACGUAGGGAUUACUAUCAGUUUCUGAGCGACCUCUCACCACCCGCAUCUUCUUCAGAUCAGCUUUUACACGCCAGUCAGCUCACCAACAACGACCGACUCCUCGAUCAGAUCUACAAGGAUCUCGUACGCUCGCGGAAGAAUGGCUUCGCCUUUUACCAGGCCUCACCACGGCCAAGUGCAUCAUGUCCUAUCGUACCGCUUCCUGAUGCUAAAGUUUCAUCAAGCCCGCAGGUCAGCAGGGCUCCAGUUGAGCGACUUCAAGGCAGAGAUAGCCUCUUACAUCGACUAGCUGCGGUCAGUCACGAGUACGCACAGCUGCUUUCGAUCGAACGCCUUGCAUCCGCUAGCACAUCCACCGGCUCUCGACAACCACCAAAGAUCCUCCACGUGCAGACAAGUAGCGAUCUAAAGGCAUUGCAGGGCCCGGCAGCAGCCAAUAGUUAUGCUGAAGUGGAAGACGCAAUCAAGAGUCCACCCAUCUUGCUCUCUCCGCCUUCACCUGGCGGCGUUUCUCAGGAGUCAUCACAGCACCCAUUUGCUUCUGCCGCCGAUGCGCUUGAGGCAUCAACCGACACGGAACCAAGCUCCAGACAGAUCAAAGCUGAAUACAGUACAAUAGCAAAAGAAGCACAAAAUGCAGCUCUUCCACAAUGUAACUGGCAUUCCUUGUUACGCAUCCUCUACAUGUUCGCUCUUCUCAACCCGAGCAUUGGCUACGUUCAAGGUAUGAAUGAAGCACUCUUCACCUUGCUCUAUGUCUUCGGCUCAGCACAGUACCCGACCGCCGCUCACGACACGCUGACGCCAAGCAGCUCUCAACAAAGCAUCGCAACUGUAUCUGACCGCUCGAAUCAGAGGCCUUGGGACAAUGAUGUUGAUCUCGCGGAUCUCAAUACACACGCAGAGGCUGAUGCGUUCUGGUGCUUUUCAGCUCUGAUUGGUGAAAUGCGAGAGCUUUAUGAUUUCGAAAGAGUCGAACAGCAAAGUCGAGCUGGUGCCGCUUUGGUCGACCAUCAACCUUCACAAUCUGGAAUGGCAGGAGCUCUUCGGCGAUUCAGUCUUCGCAUCAAGUGGCUCGAUCCACCAUUCUGGAGGGAUUUACAGACAGCCUCUCUCGACCCACGGCUUCCGUACUUCUCGCUUCGCUGGCUCGCGUGUUUGCUCAGCACCGAGUUUUCCCUGCCGUCGGUGUUACGUAUAUGGGAUGCCCUUUUGGCUGAGCAAGAGACUGCCGGUGUCUCGGGAUCUGCCAAGAUCGAGUUCCUCAUUGACGUUUGUGCUUCGAUGAUGCUUACUAUCAAGGACAGGCUGCCAAGCAGUAGCGACAAGGAUGUCGAUCUCCAGACUGAAGGCUUCUCGUUCGGCAUGCGAGUGCUGCAGGAAUAUCCGGAUGAUGACAUUGAACCGCUGAUGGAGUCUGCCACGCUGAUUCGUCAGCGUCGACUUGCUGCUGACCUCACGGGUGAUGGGCCUCCGGAUGAUAACGAAGAGGAGGAGAGUAAUCCGCGGCUGGCUGCAGUCAAGGCAAGGGCUGCACAGGCUUGGCGAGACUGGAAGACCCCACGGCAGAGCAGCACGAACACGGUUACGUCGUCUCGCACUGUUGACUCGCCUGAUAAGGCAGCUGCGCCACUAGCGACGAAAGGAGGCUGGCUCGUAUCCAGGGCGCGAGGCCGGCCUAGCUUGACUGCGACAGACGAGACUGACACGUCUAUCGCAAGCAGCACUGGCGACAGUGCCGUCUCAGACAUCUCCACACCUUCCAAAAGCUCUUUCGGCGGAUUCUUAGCCAAGUACGCAGAAGCUGUACAAAGCAGCGACGCCGCAGCUAACUUCUCGAAAGCCAGCACAAAUCUCACAGCAAAAGCAAUGGCCCGCUUCAGUGAUCGUGGAAGUCGAGAGUCCACACCUGAUUCUGGAAUGCCUUAUCAAGGUCAGCCCUACGGGUCACUAGGGCGCGGCUUUCCUUCCAAUCCCACCGCAUCAGCGUACGGUGGUGCCGAACCUCGCAUUGCCUCUUUUGGCUCGAUUGGAGCUAGUUUUUUCAACAGACAAAAGCGGAAUGCAAGCGAGAAUCAUUCGCAGUCUGUGGGUGGAUAUUCACCAAGGACACCCGACAUGACUCGUUGGUCUCGUGAUACGAUGCCUGACUUCCCUCUUCCCAACGUCUCUGAUAGCCCAGCAGGGCGAAUGGAGUAUACGGACACAUUCGGAAGGCGAAUCAGCAUGGCUCAGCAUGCUCGCGGUGCUUCUCCAGCUUCGUCCGUCACAGGUGAUGACAGCGAGAGAAGAAGCGAGAACGGACUCAGCAACUUUCCUCUGCCGAGUAUGCGGGCUGCUGCGAGGAUGGGCAUUUUGCCAGCGCGGUACCGCGAAGAGUCGAUUAGUCCGGGAGGACGUGCGGUCGGACCCAAACCUCUCCUCCUCUCGCAAUCAGCCCGACCGCCCCGUGAGGGAAGCAACAGUCCAGGAUCGCUAGCUGUGGACGAACCCUCGCGCAAGAUCUCGUCCGGUCCAAUGGGUCACAGUAUGAGCAGAGGUAACAGUCACCAAGAUUCUAGAAGCAUCAGCUCUUUCAGCGGCAGAUCGUCUGCAACGGGAAGCCGACGCAGCUCAGUAGCUGAUUUCGGCGAAACAAGCAUGCCUGGACUUGCUGAGGAAGGUGCUUUGCCGCCACUGCCUAGUCUUAUGGGUCAGAGUGUGUAUACUUAUCCCCUCGGCACAAAUGCAGCGGACACGGGAGCAAGCUUGGCUUUGCAAGGUGCAAUUUCGAAAGAAGGGACAGUAUCUGCUGGUGCGUUUACUAGAGCUACUAAGAUUGCAGAUGCGGAUCGAGAGAGGCCGGAGUUCGGACAGGUGGCAAGCUCGUCUGAUAUUCCACUAGUCGCUACAGGUGCCAACAUUUCUCGACCAAGGGCGUCGCAUAGGAAGAGAACAUCGAGUUCAACAGUAGAGUCAAGAACAGUGUCAACUUCUGGGUCUAUGACGGGGAAUCAGCUGUCGAAUCGUAGUAGUCAGACGACAAGUGUCGUUGACGGCGCUGCUAUCGAAGAAGGGUGGGAGGCGGGAGAGGUUGUUACGGUCGAGGAACCUGCCUCUCUUGGAGACGAGGUGGUUCGAAAAGGACACCAAACGGGUCGGUCAGACGGUAGCUCCUCAACUUGGCAUGCAGCGGAGGCCAUUGUAUUGACUGAUGAACCUCUCCACGGCCGACUCGACACCGCUGCUUCUGCAGCAACAGCAGCUCCGUUCGAAAGCGGAGACACAACCCCUCUCCCACAAACGGUUCGCAAAUACACCUUAACGGACGAACCUCUUCCGCAAGCCGACGCUCCUCUUACAGCAACCUCAUCCAUCAUUCGCACAAAACGCUUCACGAAGAAUCGACAAAGCUCUUCUUCCUCAACCACAAGUCGUAGAUCAUUAGCUGGGUUGCGUAGAUCUAGUAGGAACUCGCUGACUGAACAAGCUCCUACUUCACCCGUGAUUGCGUUGCCCGAGGUGAUGGAGGCUGAUGCUUACGGUGGGAUCGCAGCUGACAGUGGGGUCAAUGGAGAAGGAGAGCUGCCAUUCGUUUCAGCCCGUGGUGUGAGUGGUACUGGUCAUGAAGAAUAUCCCGGCAGUCCUUCUUUGGAUGAUAGCUUCAACAUAGCCUCAUUGAAUAUUGCAGAUGGCGUGGAGAGCGGUAAUCGGAGACCGUCCACUGACAGAAGCGGAUUUAUUUAG